AUGCCCAGCACUCUGCUGCCCGCCUGCUUCCUUGGCCUGCUGGCCUUCACUUCUGCGUGCUACAUUCAGAUGUGCCCAAGCGGGGGCAAAAAGAUCAUGAUUGAGAAUGGAGACGACCCAGGACCUCAGUCCCAUGAUUAUCACUUGCACUCUGGCACCCUGAAGCCCAGCAUGUACUCCUUGCACCUGCCUGGCCUGGUGCAUGCCCCUACUUUUCCCACCGCCUCCCUGAUCGCACUCACCUGCAUCCAUCCCUGCAAUAAGUGCACCAGCGACCCCGCGGGCCGCCCUGCCUUUGACCGAAGCAGGGGAGCCCACGACAGGAGCAACGCCACCCAGCCGGAGGAGCCCACCUGCUGCAGAUAG